UAUGAUAGACGUGAAAACUCUCUCUCUCUCACACACACACACACAUACACACACACACAUACAUACAUACAUACAUACAUACACACACACACACAUAUAAAUGAGCACUGUUGGCAGCGGCAGUUGUCUGAAGCGACAGCGAAAGGUGUGGUGGAAGCGUCACUUGUCUUUUUGACGCAGUUUAAAGGCGUCGGGCACCUUUUUUUUUCCUUCUCCAAAAACGUGGCAUCUUUUUCUGUCGUUCCGAAGACAAAGGCAACUUCUCCCGGUUUCUAAAGCAUCUCCAAAGCUAAGGAUUCAGGAGCAACAGCAGCACAAACCCAGUACCCACAGGGUAGUUCUUCACAUACUUCUAUCACUGCCCCCUGGUGUCAGUAAACAGCUACAGCAUUCUGCCUGAUGGAGUCCAGUGGCUGCAUCCAUGUUACAUUUUUGGAUACAUUUGAGAAUUCCUUCUACUUUGAAGUGGUUCAACCAGAUACAGGUAUGGAGGAGGAUGAUUUCAAAAGAAAUGACCAUGAUCAUUGGUGCAUCAAGAGCCACCAGGAUGGCAUUGGACACCUGAUUUUAAGUAACACAGAAACUCAAGAAGAACCUGUGAGCCAGCACACAUUUGAUAACAAAUUCAACAUUGUGACUUAUCAGAGCAAUUCUCUAGACCCAAAGGAAAAAAUGCCAGUCAUGAUAUAUGCCGUUAAAGAUGAGCAGAAGAUGGUUGUAUGCUACACGAACACGACGAUUCAAGCUGAAAAAAUGACGCCACCCAUGGACAUCAGUGGGCUGAAUCACAAGGCCUUGUUCUACCAGACAAAACUCCCUGGAACUAACAGGUUUAAGUUUGUGUCCUCUAUGGACCAUAAAAAAGUUCUUGGAGUUGCUCGUAUAAAAAACAAUAUUUAUAAACUGGUCCUGAUUAAUGAUGGUGAAGACUGUGUUGAUGAGUCCACUGUUUUUCAGACGACGUAAAGAGAAUGAAAAAAGACAUUCUUCUGGCUUGCUUCAUUAUAAAUUGCUGUAGAAAUACUCCUGUCUGUGUGUGUGUGUGUGUGUGUGUGUGUGUGUGUGUGUGUGUGUGUGUGUGUGUGUGUGUGUGUGUGUGUGUAACUAUCCAGGAAGUGCACCAGACUGACAACACACAACUUUAACUGUAUUUAUCUUGUGUGAAGAGUGAUUUCUUAAAACCAUAAUUCAGUGUCAUUUGUAAUUACAAUUUACUUUAAAGCACGAGGAACCUCAACAUGUUCCAUGUUGUAUAAUUUUAAGACUAGAAAGAAAAAAAUAUCAUUAUCUUUGGAUAUUACUGAACAAAAGUCAGUUUGGUUUGGAAUGUUUUUGCAUGUAUGUGCUGUCAGGAGACAUUUAACUGGAAAUGCAGCAGUUAGUAUAAGCUGAGCAAUGUUCACCACCUAACUAACUAACUAACUAACUAACUAGGGUCUUAAGUCUUUGGUUAAAGGGAGUUUUUUUUUAAUUAGCAUGAUCUCAUUUUAGCUUUAAUUCAUAUUAAGUUGUUUUAAUAUUGAGUAUUUUGAGGUUGCAUGUGUGCAUAAUUUUUUUUAUUUUUAUUUUGCAAAUCCCGCAUUGAGCACAAAAUUAGAAUUGUAAGCUCAUAUGUAUUCAUAUAUUACAUACAUAAUACAAGCUUUUGUAAUAUAGCUUUUGUACUCUAUUGUGUGUCUUAUGUCAUCAACAUUGAAGCAUCUGAGUGGUGUACUACGAAGCGAGCUCAACAGAGCCAGGCUUUGUUUCAGUAUCUGGCUUGACAAACCUUAAACUCCCCAUUAGAGAUAAAAGGUCAGAGGAAGAUGUGACAGAAAUCUAUAAAUCAUGUUUUUUUUAAAUGACAAAGCAACACUAGCCCUACAAAUUAGUUGAGUAAUAUCACUCAAAGUCGUUAAUUUGUGAGUUAAUAUAUUUUAGGUACACAUUGUGUUCAUGUCUUGACGCUGUCUACAGCCUAAUGAAGAUGUGGAAAUCACUUGUUUGUGGCCAAAACAAAGUGAGAUUAAUUUUACUGAUUUCACAUCAAUAUUCCAGCAAAAGUGAUGCGAAAAGUGCGCAACUGUUUUCAUGAUUGGACCUAAUGAUGUGGCAGUGUGAUGUACAGAGUUUACCUGUACAGCACGGCUUCAGUGAAGGUGUGACUCAGCAGCUUGUGUGUAUAAAACACAUUCUUUGAGCAGAGAAUCUGUCAGAGCGUGCGGCCGUUCAGAGCAUCAUCCAAACUGUUCAUUCAGCAGUGGUUGGUCGGUGAUGCAGCCAGGUUAAAAUCCAUCUUCAUGACACUGAACACUCCAGCUUUAAGCUCAACAUAACCUGCUAACUGUUGAAGCUUGCUUCAUAGUACAACCCAACUGGUCCUUGAUGUAGAGUGUUGGCUGGAAUAAUACAUUUACUUCACAGGUACUCUGACGACACACUGUUCAGAUUGUUCUGCCUUUACUGGACUUGUCCUGCUGCAGUGAGCAUUACAAAGAACUGCUGGUGCAGAAGCUGCAGGCAACACCUGUAUAUACCAAAUAAAUAAAUACUCCAUGAUUUUUAUGUAAUAUGAAAAGCUUUGCUCUGACUGCCGUAUUGAGUCUUAUUUUCAUACUUAAAGGUUUUAAGACCAGUGCUGGAAUUUUUCAAACUGUUUAAAAUAAACUGAUAUUUUUGAAAA